AUGAACUUCAGCGCCGAACAGUUCUCCGCCGCCAUGUCGCCGUACCUCUCGGGGACGAGCAGCCCGAUCCCCGGCUUCCAGCCGGGGAUGCAGGGCCAGGGGCAGGGGCAGCAACAACAGCAGCAGCAACAGCAGCCGUUUCAACAACAGCCCCAGCCGCCACAGGGCAUCCAGACUGGACAGCCACAGGCAGCCUACCAGGCGUCUGCGCUGGCCUAUGCCAAUGCGCAGCUGUCGCAGUAUGCCGCCCAAGCUGCCGCCGCGGCGCAGCCGUCGCAGCAGCAGCAGCACCAGCAACAACAGCAGCACCAACAGCAACAGCAGCAGCAACCGUCGGCCUUUAACAGCUUCUUUGGCCAGCCAGGCACGGCCCUCCCCGCGCAUCUGAACCCACACGCGCUGAGCCAGGCCCUGGCCGACUACAACGGCCCCAUCGGCGGGUCGAUGCCCAACAGCGCAGCGUCGAGCCCCGGCCAGAGCCACAAGCGGCUGCCAGCAUCAGGCUUUGCCAGCGGCACAGCCACGGGCGCAUCCACGCCCGGCGGCAACAUCGGCGGCAACUCGCGCGUGGCCGCCAGCGCCAUCACGGGCAAGCGCCUCAACUGGUCCGAGAUGAUCUGCCAGACGAUUGCCGAGUCCGACACGGGCCGGCUGGUCAUCCAGGAUCUGUUUGAGGGCAUGUGCAGCAAGUUUCCCGAGAUCCGCGAGUGGGCCUUUGGCAAGGACUGGGAGGCACGGGUCAAGAACCGGAUCAAGUCGACGCUCUCGAUCAAGGGCAACCUCUUUAUCAAGGUGCCCCGGCCCUCGUCGGCCGCCGGCAAGGGCAGCUGGUGGACGCUGUCGCAGGAGGCCCAGGACGCGUGGAAGGAGGGCCGCGUCGCGAGCGUCGUCAAGGCCGCCAACGGCGAGCGCGCAUCCUCGGCCGGCGGCGGCGGCGGCGGCGGUGGUGGUGGUGGCCAUGUCCGCAGCAGCUCUGCUGCCUCUGGACGCACCGCCCACGACGGCCUGGGCCCGCUCAGCACGGCGACGAGCAGGGCCAACAGCCGUGCACCCAGCCGCCGGGGCAGCCCCGUCUCCAGCCGGGGUCCCUCGAGCCAGCACGCCAACCAUGCCUCGACACCGUCACAGCCCUACAUCAACUUUGGCCAGCAGCAGCAGCCGCAACAGAAUCAACAGCAGUCUGGCUAUUCCCAGGACCAGGGUGCGAGUCCGAGCGGCGGUGCCGGCAGCAGCAGCAGCAGCAGGCAGAGCCCCAGUGGCCAGCUGCCAAUCGGCCUGGGCAUGAGCCCCAUCAACUUCCACUCGGCCCCUCCCUCGUCGCACAAUUCCUUUGACGGCAUGGGCAUGAGCCUGCCGGGCCUCGACGGCACUGGCGCCCUCGACGACUUUGUGUCUGUCGGCGGUGGUGGUGGCAGUGGCGGCGGCGCAGGAGGCAGCGGCGUUGGCGGCAGCAAUAUCAACGGCCACUCGCGCGUCGGGACCGGUGGGCGAGGCGGCAGUGGCAGUGGCGGCGGCGCAUCCUCGUCCGACUCGACGGCGCGGCGGAUGCGCAUGAUGGAGAACAGCGUCAACGACGGCUUCGAUCCCUCGAUGGGCGCCUCGUCGUCGUCGUCGUCGUCGUCGUCGGCCUCGCUCUCGAUGGCGCCCGGUGCCUCGGGCAUCCAGAGCAUCUACGACCUCAGCUACACCUCCCUCGGCGGGCCCACGUCGCAGCCGCUUGGUGCCGCCCAGUCGGCCGCCCACCUCGGCGGGCCACAGAGCAUGCCCUUUCCCGCCGCCAACAACCUCACCUCGAUCGCCGGGCCCUCGUCCAAUGCCUCGUCGUCGUCGUCCGAUGCUGCAGGCCAGCAGCAGCCAAACUACCAGCACUCCUACCAGCACUUCCAGCAGCUCCCCACGAGCGCCGCAGGGGGUGGCGCAGCGGGCAACUAUGCGUUUGGUGAACCGUUUGCUGGCUUCCAGGAUCCGUUUGGCGGGCAUCAUGGCGGCGGUGUCGGUGGUGGUGGCGCAGGAUCGGGGCAGGCAGGCGCAGGCCAGUACGGCGACGGCGGCCUCGACCUCUCGUCGAUGCCCAACCCGUUUGGCAGCGGGCUCGCGGGCGGCUACACGAUGCUGGACCAGGCCCAGCCCACCAACAUUCCCGGUCGGUCGCAGGGCCAGCAGGGCCAGUCGGGGCAUCCGGGCCAGCAAGGUAAUGGCAGUGGCGGAGGGACAGGCGGCGGUGGUGGUGGUGGCGGAAGCGGGUCCGGUGGGAGAGGGACACCGAGCGCAGGUUUGUCGUCUUCCUUGACGGGUGCCUCGCCUGCCGACAGCACCAGCGCCUUUUUCGCCUACACGCCAGCCAUGAUGGCCGCCGAUACCGCGGCCAAUGGCGGUGCGUCGGCCAGCGGGAGCGCGCUGGGGCCCGUCGGCGGAGAAGGCAGCCGCAAGAAGAGGGAGCAGCAACAGCAGCAGCAGGGGCAGGGACAGGGGCAGGGGCAGGGGCAGGGCGCCACCAACGACUUCCAGCUCCCGCCGCCGGCUUCUUCGUACGCCGACGACGACGCCGACGACGACGAGAAGCGGUAG